AUGACAGAGACAUCUAAAAGAGCAAUAACUAGAACUAAUAGUAAUACAUCACAAUUUGCACAAGACUUUACAAAAAUUAUUCGACGUUAUAAAAAACAUUGUAUAUAUAUUAAACGAUUACUUCACGAGACUGAUAAAUCUUACAAUGAAAUAAGUGACAAACGUGUUCUUACAGCUGAAAAAUUUUCUGAAAUUAAAUUAUCAAAAUUAGAUCGUGAAUAUAUUAACAAUAUAUUAUCGCGACCAUUAGCAUUAAUUGUUUGUUCGCAAACAUAUAAUGGAAAAGCACGUUUCGUUAAUGAACUUUUAAAUGAAUCUUUAUUACCAGAAUCACCAAUUAUUCAAAAAAAUGAUAUCCAUCAUGCAACAACUGGUGCUAGUUUAAAUAUAUCCGGUUCAUUUGAACUUGUUGAUACCGAUGGUGUACAGAAAUCUGUAUCAUGGUCAACUGUUCCACGUGAUGAUAUAAUUGUAAAAGAUGAAAAUGAUUUUUAUUUACAUCGAAUAGAUGAAGAAAAUGAUCAAUAUGAAACACCAUUAUUAGAAAUUCGAAAACCUUUACCUUUCCUUGGCAAUCAUGUACAAAUUAUAAUAACACCAAGUAAUCAAAAUUUACAUAUUAAACAAUUUUAUUCACAAAUAACAGAAGAGAUUGUACCAAUAUUUAUUUAUAUAAUUGAUCAAGAAAAAUUAUUAGAAAAUGAUUUAGAAGAAUUAAGAUCAUUUCGUACUAUUGCAACAAAUGAACCAAUUUUAUUUAUUCGAAUUGAUUCAACUAAUAAUUCAUCUUCAAAUACAGAUGAAACACCAUGUGUAGAAGCAUUUCGGCAAUUAUGUGAACUUGGCUUUGUUUCAUUAUUAUCGACGGAAUCUUGUGAUAAUACAUCUGAAACAAGUUCAUCUCUAUUUCAAAGUGAUAUGAUUGAUAAUGGUUUAAGUAAUUUUACAUUAUUUUUAAAUUAUAUUGAUAAACAUGUUGAUCGAUUAACUAUUCAUGCUGUUAAUAUUUUACAAAGUUCACAAGAACUUUGUUUAGAUGUUUUUAAUGAUAGUGCUUUUGAAAUGGCAAGAGAUAUGCUUAUAACACCUAAACGAUUAAGUUAUACACGUGAAAAAGAAAAAGAUUUAUAUGAAUCAUUAAUUAGUUUAACAAAUUCUAAACAAAAUGAAAUUCAAAAAUUAAUUUUCGAAGCUGUUAAUGAAAUACAAGAAACAUUAACUGAUCAAGCUUGUUCAUUAGAAAUUUCAGGAAUUGAAUUAACUGACCAAUUAACAGUAAAAACUGCAAGAGACUUAAAAAAAUGUACAAGUUUUGUACAAGAUUUUGUACUUGCACGAUUAAAUAAAGCAAUUGGUGAAAAAUUAUCAAGUUCAGUUAGUAUUUUACGUCAAGAUUAUGUUGGAACAUUAACACGUUGUCUUAGUCAUUUGGAACGUAAUCAAGAAGAUGAUGAAGCAAGUACAUCAGCAAGCAAUGCUUUACAAGAGAUUCUUCAAUCAGCAUAUCAAGUGAAUAUAUCAUUACCAACAAAUUCAAAUUUAUUUAAAAUAUUAAUCGCUAAAAUGAAAGAGGUCUUUCGAACAUUCAGUUGGAAUAAUUGUCCACGUAUUGAUCCUGAUUUUAAACGUUCUGUUGCAUUAAAUAUGUUACAGAAUGUAAGUGAUGCAAAAUUAGCAAAAAUUGUUUGUACUCAAUUAAAUGAUCGUAUACGUAUGUCACAUGAUAAUUUUGAAACUUUACUUAAACAAUUAGAACAUCGACAUUCGGAUCGUUUAAAAUCAACUGAAGAUAAACAACAACGUGUACGAAAAGAAUAUACACCGAAAAUAGCACGACAUUUACUUGAAAGUACAUCAUUAAAAGAUCUUAUUGAAUAUGGUUUACCAAAACAAGGACAUGAGAUUGGUCGUGGACAAUAUGGAGUUGUUUAUGAAUGUGAAAGUUGGGCGAAUCAACGCUCAUGUGUAUUAAAAUCUGUUAUUCCACCUGAUGAUCGUCAUUGGAAUGAUCUUGCUUUAGAAUUUCAUUAUUUAAGACGAAUUCCAGAUCAUCCAAGAAUUGUUAAAUUAAUUGGAUCAGUUAUUGAUUAUUCAUUUCAUGAUUAUACACCAGUAUUACUUGUAAUGGAACGACUUACACGAGAUUUAUAUAUAGCAUUAAAACAUAAACUUUCAUUUGACAUUAGAAUUCGUAUUGCAUUAGAUGUUAUUGAAGGUUUACGUUAUUUACAUGGCUUAGGUCUUGUUCAUCGAGAUAUAAAAUUAAAAAAUGUUUUGGUAAGAGAUAUAUAACUAGAAGUACAAUUAACAUCUAGUAUUCAAUGAAAAGCAAACUUGAAUAGAAAUGUUUCAACUAAAAUUAUUAUUUAAUAAAGAUUAAUAAGUCGACAUUUCGCUGUUUCUUAUUUAAUAGAUAUUGAAUUGAGUCUAAAGUCUAAUUGAAAAUUAAGAUACAGAGUCUUUAGAGAAAGUAUCAAAAGCUAAGAAUAGAAAAGUUGAUUACACUGUCAAAGUACUUCGAGUGUCUUGGUCUAAUUGAAGAAUAGGUUGUCUAGCUAAGCCUCUUUACUGUUCAAACUCUAGUUAUACCACUACUUGAAUAUUAUAGAAACUUUCAUACAGUGUCAAGUUCAGUCCAAAUUUAACUAAAGAGAGAAUAUUCUAAAGCGUUCGUUCACUUCGCCUACAUAGGGUUGUCAAUUAGACUAGCUUGUAUAAAAAAAUCUCAGGGUUUUUGAAGCAAGUUUCACCAAAAUAUGAAGCUUCGAAAAAAACAAUAUACUAUCCAUCGAAAAGAGCUUAUAAAUCCUAAGCUCAGUAUCUCAGAGAGACUUACGAGGGAGGUACCCGAAGUGAUUAAUCGGUUUUGAGUUCAAACUCUGUGCACAAGGUAGACCCCAGUAAGGUGCGAAAAAAUUCAAAAGGAUAAGGGCGCA